CCUCAGCUUCAGCGAUGGUGGCUGAAGAUCAGCCCCAGCCCCGCUCCGCUCAGAUUUUCAGCUCUACACAGCUCCCGUUCUCAGAGAACCCUGAGAAAGGGACUGUUUCGUGCUCACAGUGUGAGGUGACUCUAUGAAGAAAGAAAUAAUACGUGUGGCCUUGUGUGAAACGGGUGUGCUAGACGCAGAUUUGGUGGAAAAAGCUGCAAAAUGAAAUCUCCCGGCGGAGCUCAGAGGAGGAGGUUGGUCAAUUUCACGUUGGAAUAACCCACAUUCAAGAGCCUCUAGUAUGUGCCAGGCUCUGAGUUAGAUCUGGUGACUAAGAAGAAAAUUAAAGCAUGGCCCCUGGUAUGGAGGAAUUCAGUCUAACAAGGAAGAUAGACAUCCCAUGUGAGAAAUGUCAUGUUUGCGCAAAAGUCAUCCGGGAAGGCGCUGUUUAACUUGAGCUGCAGCCAUCUAAAUCUUGCUGAAAAGGAGUAUUUUGGAUUAGAAUUCUGUAGCCAUUCUGGAAAUAAUGUCUGGUUGGAACUGCUGAAGCCCAUUACAAAGCAGGUAAAAAAUCCUAAGGAAGUUGUUUUCAAAUUUACGGUGAAAUUUUUCCCAGUGGACCCUGGACAUCUGCGAGAAGAGCUGACAAGGUACCUUUUUACUCUUCAAAUAAAGAAGGAUUUGGCUCUGGGAAGACUGCCAUGCAGUGACAAUUGUACGGCGUUGAUGGUAUCCCACAUCUUACAAUCAGAACUGGGAGACUUUCAUGAAGAAACAGAUAGGAAACAUUUGGCACAAACCCGGUACUUACCAAACCAAGAUGAUUUAGAGAGCAAGAUCGUGCACUUCCAUCAGAAGCACAUUGGCAGGAGCCCAGCUGAAUCUGACAUUCUGCUACUGGACAUAGCGAGGAAGCUGGACAUGUAUGGCAUCAGGCCACACCCCGCCAGCGAUGGUGAAGGGAUGCAGAUCCAGCUGGCUGUUGCUCACAUGGGUGUACUGGUGUUACGGGGAAAUACAAAGAUCAAUACUUUCAACUGGGCUAAAAUCCGAAAAUUGAGUUUUAAGAGAAAGCAUUUUCUCAUCAAACUUCAUGCCAACAUCUUGGUGUUGUGCAAAGAUACUUUGGAGUUCACCAUGGCCAGCCGAGAUGCCUGCAAGGCUUUCUGGAAAACCUGUGUGGAGUACCACGCUUUCUUCAGACUUUCUGAAGAGCCCAAAUCAAAGCCCAAAACCCUGCUCUGCAGCAAAGGUUCCAGUUUCCGCUACAGUGGAAGAACCCAAAGGCAACUUUUGGAAUAUGGAAAAAAAGGGAGGUUGAAGAGCUUGCCAUUUGAAAGGAAACAUUACCCAUCCCAGUACCAUGAACGACAGUGCAGGUCCUCCCCAGACCUCCUCUCUGAUGUGUCGAAACAAGUCGAAGAUCUGAGACUAGGCUACGGCAGUGGGUACUGCAGAGCUGUGAAUGGAGUGCACGCCUCUGAGCCUGUGCUGGACAGCAGGAGGAGAAACUCCGCAGUGGAGGUGACGUUUGCCGCUGAGCUGGAGCAUUCCAAACCAGAGGCAGAUCCCAUAUCAUUACAUCAGUCCCAAAGCAGUUCCUCGUUCCCUUUUAUUUAUACAGACCCAGUCUUUACCACUGACCCUGAUCCUGACACUGAUCCCAGAGACUACUUUGAGGAAAGGAGUCCUCUAAGCUCCUUCCAAACAAGCUCUAAGUUUGCUGACAAUCCCAUGAGCACAUCUUCUGGCCUUACAAGCAAAGUGAGUCCAGCAAGGCAGCUUACUUACACAGAUGUGCCCUAUAUUCCUUGUACUGGUCAGCAGGUUGAUAUUAUGCCUCCCCAAGUCUUCUUUUAUGUGGACAGACCACCCCAGGUGCCCAGGCGGUCUCCAAUCAUGGCAGAGGAAAGGGAAGGACCAGACAGCUGUCUACAGUCUACUGCAGUGAAGUCAGCCAAAAGAAGCCCAAGGAACAUCAGAAUGAAGAGCUUUCAGCAAGACUUUCAAGAACUCCAAGAAGCUAUGGCCAGGACUACUGGUAGGAGCAAUGUGAAUGUAGAUCUAGAAGAGCAAGAUCCAACGAUAGGAGAUGCAUUUGCAUAUAACAUUCAAGAGCCAACCCCUAAACGUUCCCAGAGCCAAUCAGACAUGAAAACGAUCCGAUUUCCUUUUGGGUCAGAAUUUAGACCCUUAGGGCCUUGUCCUGCUCUCAGUCGUAAAGCUGACCUGUUUACAUAUAUGUUUGCAGAGCAGGAGUUUCCAACAGUUUUAAUGGAUCAGGGAGCUACAGAAAGGUAUGUGCCUAGUGAAUCCAGUGAUUCUGAGUCAGAGAUUCUUAAACCAGACUACUACUCUUUAUAUGACAAAGGGAUAAGGUCACCCAUGGCCAGAAUCCGCUUGUCUUCUGGUAGUCUACAGCUAGAUGAAGAAGAUGAAGAUGUUUCUUUUGAUACGUCAACUACUGAAGAUAGGACUUUGCAAAAACCAUGUAAUUACUUUUUAGCCUAAAAUGUGAACCCUAUGAACAUGUCCAGACCAGUUCCAUGUUACUCACUUAGGUGAAACAUAAGGCACUUUCUGCAAAAACCAUUUUCUUUGUUACUAUUCACUAGUAUUAAGGGAAUCUUCUAAGCUUGGGCACCUAGCUUAUGAAAGAUCCAGCUACUGCCUCAUUCCUCAAGCCUCUCUUCUCUUCCCUCUGAAUCAUUCUGGAACAUGCCCUUUUCUCACCAGCCCUGAGGCAGAGUGAGGUGGGUAUUUGUCAUCUCUAUUAUACAUUUCCCCAUAGAGACAUUAUAAAUGAAGGUCAGGCUCCUCAACACCGAAGAACAAUAAGAACAGUAACAAUAUGGACUGGCAUACAAAAUUGGCUUCUGAUAUCAGUUAGUGAUAACAGACUGACUGUGUUGAUCAUUCUGUUCUUAAACAACACUGCAACUAAAGGUUUCAGUCCUCAUUAUUUGUGUGGGGCCCAGUAAAAAUGGUUCUGUUUUAUGUUAAAAGUUGUCAAUUUUUAUAACAUAUAUUACGGGGAGCAUGGCCCUCUUGUACUUCAGGAACUGAAGGAACAUAGAUCCUUUCAACAGAAUACAAGCUUAUAGUUAAUCUAGGACUUGGCAGAAUUCUAAACCUUGGAAAUUCAUGAACUGAUCAGUUUCUAAAACCAGACAUCUGCUGAUGAGGACAAUAUAAUGUUUGACUUAUUCUCUAUUCUUAACUAGCUAUAAUAUGUAGUGAAAGAUAAAAGUUAACAUGUUGGUCUGUUAAUCUAAUUUCUUCUGCAGGAAUUUAUUUUUUUCCCAUAUCUUGUUGCAUGCAUGUAGGCAAGGAAAUGAGAUGAAUAGCAUUUUAAUAAAGAGUGAUGGAAACCCAUUUACUUAAAAAAUAAGUUGUAAGUAUGAACUUCCUUUUGUUUUAAUCAAUUUCAGAAGUGAUUGGCUCUAGCCUAUAAUUAAGGGAAGGCACAGUUAGAGAACAAGGAAAAGGAGGGAAGCAGGUGAAAAUGUAUAGUCAGGGAUGGAGAAGUGGCAGAAAUGGGGUUUAAAAGAAAAAGGAUAAUACUCCACACUGAGUUAAUGAACCAAAAUUCUAUUCUUGACCCAUUAGGGAUUUCUCUAUUAUUCCCCCUUGGAAGGUAUAGCAUUCUAUUUGAGAACUUUAUCUUCUUUUUUUUGUUUUAAUGGUAAGUGCAACAUAUUUACAAGAUAAUGUUAGGUAAUGACAUCAAAGAAAUUAUGCAAUUAUAUAAGCAAGUUAUUUUUAUAUAUGACUGAAUGGAUAAAAGGUAGAUGGAAUAGUUUUCUUACUCUCCUAGUCCUUACACCAGAAAAAUCCCUUUUAAUAAACCUCACUCUACUGCUUUUCAACAUUCCAGCACUUUCCUUCCUGCUCCUGGAACCAAACCCAAUAACUCACAAGUCUACAAUAGCUAUUUCAUAAUAAGAAUAUAUGAGGCCCAAUCACUUAUGUAUUAAUCAUAUAGAUACUCAAAGCUACAUUAAGUUCAUCUCUGACCUUUUCUAUAGGAAAAACCCAAAUUCCUUUAUGAUUAUAUGCUGUUUCUCAUCUCAAUUUCCAGAAAUCUUUGCACAAUUUGUUUCCCCCAGAGAAAUACAGGGUUCAAAUCUGUAUAAGAUUUCCUAAUAAAACUAUAUUAGGGUGACCAUAUAAUUUACUGUCUAACCUAAUAAGGACAUUUUGGAGUAAAAGAGGACUCUAUUAAUAAUUUUGUCAGGACAGGAGGCAGAAAUCAUGACAGAUAUUCAAGCAGGACAGAAAUCAGAUAUUCUGAUUAUAGUCCAUUGGAGCUAUAAUCAAUGCAUAAUAAAAUUGUGAAGAAUAUCUUCUAGUUUCCAAUGGAAACGCUGAUGUUAAAGUUCCAACAAUAAAUGAAAGGAGAAAGAAGAAAUAAUUUGAAACAAUUAAAAUACCAUACCCCUCAAAAAAACAAACAUUAAGGACCAUGAAAUUUAAAUAUUUAUUUUUAAAUCCCUCUAAAACACUGAAGUAUGCUUACCCACAAACAGUUUACAGGACUAAUAACUAAAAUGAAUAAGCAAUACGAUUUUCUAUUCAUAAUGCAGCUGUGCUGAAAGUUUCAAAUAAUCAAUUUAAAAAUUUGUUGAUUUUACUUUUAUAAAAAUAUUCAUUUGAUACAUGAUAUGAGUUGCAAAAUUAUUACCAGGCCUCUGCAAAUUAUAAACUGUGAUUGAGUUUCAGUUAGUUAGCAGGUGAAAAUUUUCACUGAGCUAUUACUUCAAAAUACAAUGUGUUAAAAGUAAUUAUUACAGUAUAGGCACCAAUGAAAACAUUUUCUUGGCAUAUGACACAACAACAACUUAUUCAAGUGUCUGUAUUAUUACAAAAGAGAAGGAGGUAAUGGCCACUUUGACUAAAAACUUAUUCUUCACUUGAAGAACAUCUUCUAAUAUUUGGCAGUUAUUGAGCUUUAUUAAAAUGACUUUUGUGCAAAACCCAAAUUGUGCAGACUCAAACAAUAAAACAUAAACUAUCAAAACUAAUUAAUAUCAAUAAUUCUACAACUACUGAAAUACAGCCCCACUUCAGAACUUAGGCAGGCAUAAUAUAUAUACUGGGCUUAUAAGAAAAGGGUAUUACCCACGUAACAGUACCAUAAAUAUAACUGAAAAUUAACUGUACAAUCUAAAUUACCUUUGUACGGACAGAAAUCAUCCGGUACUAUGAUUAUUUUCAUAUGAAUUAGAAAAUGCUUAUUUAAAUACCCUAUCAAAAAUGAACAAAUGAUGCGUAUGUAUUGGAUAGUUAUGAAGAACAAAAAUGUAUAAAUAGUUUAUAGGACAUUUUAAGACCAUGACAAAAAUAUGCUGGUGUAAAUUAUAUUCAUACCUAUUGACCAGGUAUUUAUAAUCACAUGAUAAUCAGCUUCUUUUAAGCUCCCCAAAUUCACUCAUAUAAUAUGCGAUUUGAGUUGAUUUUUUAAAUGAAUCCUUAUUCUUCCAGUAUUACCAAAAAUCCAUCCUUGGCUAAUUGGUAUUGCUUUAACUUCCCAACCAUGUUAAAUAAGGAUCAACCAUUUCUUCUAUAAGAGAAAGUAAAUACUGCACACAAGAGGUACCUCUGUUGCUACAUGUUGCCUCUAAACACUACAGACGCAGGGCUCUCAAAUGUAAUCAUUAUUGAGCUGCCUGGAAUAUCAUACCCACUUCGUAGAAACAUCAAUACUUUUCCAGGUUUCAUUUCUAAGAGCUUAUCAAAAACUUCUGUUUUAAGAAUGUGUGACUUGUUUCUGCUUCCCCACCAAUAGUCAUUUUUAGAAUAUGCUGUGUUUAAAAAAAAAAAGCUUUUUGAAGCUUGAUGAUUAUAAAAGUUGAAUAUUUACGAUGACUUUGAACAACCUGUAUGUUUCAUGAGUGUACAGUUAACUAAA